ACUAAGUAAUGAAUUACAUCUGCAUUCUUUACACCUGUUUAAAUACAUUUUUUCACUUAAUGAAACCUUAUUGAGGUAUAAUUUACAUACUAUAAAACUCACCCAAUAUAAUUGUAUGCUUCAGUGAUUUUAGUAAUUUACCAGGCAGUGCGGCCAUCACCAGAAUCCAUCACUUGUUUUUAAUUUAUUAUUUGUUUGGGUUUCUUCUCCCCAGGUUUUGGCUCUACUUCUUCCACCAUAAGCUUCAGCAUGGCAGUAUCUCUCACCACUUUCUCUGGUGAGAGAAGUGAAAUGAGCAUCCUGGAAACCAACCAGUACUUGCGCUCCCAGCUGGAAAAAAGCAAACAGGACUUUCAAGACCUCACAGAGAAAUUCCUCAUGUCCCAAGCUACUGCCUACUCCCUGGCCAAACAGCUGCAGAAAUACAAGUGUGAAGAGUACAAAGACCUCAUUGAAUCUGUGCUGGAGGAGGAAGUGCUGUUUGAGGAGGGGGAGCUGGCAGAGAAGAUGAGA